GCCAAUCGUCGUUCGCUCGAAGCCUCAUUCCGAAGAGAGCGGACGAGAAGCGAAGACGUGCGUGCACUUAAACUUGGCAAUCUUGCGCUCUUUUUUUUUUCAUCCUAUGACAGUUCGCGUUUGAGCGGAGUGGAGGAAGUAAACAUUGGUAGCUCUGUGCUGUUGUUAUUGUCAAGUUCAAAAAAAACUAAAGAAGUUUCUCGAUUCAUCUCUCCUUCAGUCUCGAUCGCAAGCAGAAUUUCGCUAUUUCAUCCGAGGACAUGACAUGUCGAGUUAACCACAAAAAAAAAAUCAAAUCUUCAAAUUCGACUUCCGUAUAAUAAUAAUAACACAACACAAGAGGUGUUUGUAUUUAUUUUUUUAAAACAGUUAACAUUUUGUGUGCUCGUGUGUAUGUGGUGGGACUACUGUUGUUACAAUGUCAGGACAUGGGCGAUCAGUGCACUACAACUCGAACUAUAAGAUCAUCAGGGACAGGGAGCUGGGCCUGAGGAGGAAGCUCGGGCAUCAGGAUGGAAUGUCCAAGAAGAUUUACACUAACAUCGGCAAGGACCAUGGCAAGUACACCAGCAAAUGCGUCGACGAGGGUGGUGUAUUUAACGUGGAGUUCAGCCAAGACGGGAAACUUAUGGUCGCAGCAUGCCAGGACAAAGCUUGUGUACUCUUCGACACAUACAAUCAGAGGAUCAUAAGGAAGUUGGAAGAUGCACACGACAAAUGCGUCAAUUGCGUUAAAUUCUUGGACUCGCAGACGUUCGCCAGCUGCUCCGACGAUGGUUUAAUAAAACUUUGGGACACGAGGAAUCUUAUUAAGUGCAAGCAGACAUUCAGCGGUCACUCGAAUUGGGUGAAGAAUAUUGAAUAUUCAGAAAGGGAGAAGGUGAUGAUAACGUCGGCAUUCGAUGGCAGCAUAUACGCUUGGGACAUGAGCUGCGCGGCGGCGGAUCCAUACGAGAAAGUCUUCAUAAUGAACGGACUGAUGAGGACGAAGUUGACGCCGGACGCCUCGAAGAUGAUCAUAGCGACUACUAGCGGCUACCUCAUCCUGGUGCACGAUCUGGAGCUGCUCCAGAUGUACAACGAUAUGAAGACGUUCCGGCCUAACCUUUAUAGAUUGAUGCAGAUAAGUGAUCAGACAUUUCCUGCGUCGACGAUGUUCAAUUAUCUGUUCAAUCAGGGCAGGUCGAGGAAUCGCAUCGAAUUCAUUGCCGAUUUCCCUAAUAGAGCUGAAGUCAUCAGUUCGAUCCAGGUUCAUCCGAUGGGUUGGAAUGUGCUCUCACGGAACUUGAGCACCGACGAUACGGAAGAGGUAACACGAUACGUUUGUCUAAAUCAGCGGUCGGG